UUUGAAAAGCGACGAGGACGACGACUCUGAUAACACCACCGAUCGUUGUAGUUUGAUGACGCCACUGAAACGUCAUUUCCCGUUGAAGAUGGCAGCGACCUUGUGUUGGAAGUUGUUGCCUAAACAAGGAUGGCUGCCCUUGACACAGACAGUUCGGCAUGGGUCCAAAGCGGUGACCCGCCACAGGAAGCCCAUGCAUAUCAUCAAACAGAAGCUUAUGGCUGUCACUGCAUACAUUCCUCCUAAACGUGCUAUUCCUCCAGGCGCUUAUCCGCCCCCAGUCAAACAGGAGCAGAAGCAGGAUAAUGGUCGGCUAUUGCUUUUAACGAGAGAAGUGAAGAAAAUAUUCCAAGACUGUAAAAUGAUUGCUGUGGUCCAGAGCAACGCCACCAGCGCGGAAGACAUGAUGAUUCUCAAACACAGACUUUAUAAGCAUGACAUCAUUGUCAAAUUAAUCUCCAACCAGGUGAUGAGGUUGUUCCUGGUUGACAGCAUAUACCGAAACAUGGCACCUCUUUUCAUUGGCCCAACGGUGUUGAUUGUUAGUAAAGAGCCAAAGGUGAAGGAGAUGUUGGUGACUCUGAGGGGCAGCCCACAGAUGGUUCUACUUGGGGCCUGUAUAGAGAACACGUUGCUGAGUGCAGAGGGGGUGGUUGGCUACUCUAAACUGCCGUCGUUGACCAUGGUCCAGGGUGGGCUAGUCAGUGGGCUGACUAUGCUGACCUCUCAGACAGCCUUCAUGCUCCAGCACCAACCUGCCCACCUCUCAGCCCUGCUCCAGCAGUACCUCAAACAGCAGAGCCCAGAAGCCAGCACAGAUGAAACUCCCAAGAUAGAGGGGGCAUCGUAGAGAUUCAUCUGCUUUGGAGUACAUUGCCAGGAAUCCAGCUCAGCAGCAUUGACUGGCUGAUCUAACUGAAGACAGAAUGUAAAAAUGGACACACAUUACAAUGUCUUUAAUUAAUUGAAUCAAAACAAUUAUGUCCCACGACAAACGUAUGGAUGGAGUGAGUCGAGUCGAAAAGUAAGAUGGCUACUUUCCCAGUCUUCAAAAUUUCUGUGGAAUAUCUUAAUUGGCUUAAAGUUUUCAGUGCGUAUUCAUUUAUUUGGGCACUGUGGCUUCUUGGAUAGGUCUGCAGGCUUGAAUUGACUUCUAAUUGUGUGACUCUUAUUUCAGUGUCCCUCAGCCUCUGAAAUUCUUUCUGUGACACAAAUAUCAUUAGUGGCCUUUUUAGGGCCUGCGUAUUCAUUAUUUUGAAUAUUGCUCAAGUUUUGUGUUAUUUAAGGAAGUCAUUAAAAAUUAAAAAAAAAUAUA